UUGUAAAUACCACCUUUAUAUAUUGUGGUAAAAAUUCUUUAAUGUCUUUCUAACACAGUAUCAAUGAUUCUCAAACUUUAGUGUGAAUAAAAUCAUCUUGGAGUUAUGUUUAAAAUGAAUAUUACAAGAUUUAGAUCGAGACUGACCCUGGGGCCCAGUUAUCUUCAUUUUUAAUAAUUCCAUUAUUUUAUAUUGCUGAUAACCACCCUUUGAUAAACCCUAAUUUUAAAGUCCUUAGCCUGGCAUGCAAGAUGUUGGAUGGUCUCUUCCCAGUUUAUUUAAUUGCCUAUGUUUCCCUGUGUGAAAAUUGCUCUUGCUUGAAUUGUCUACUUUUUUCUGAGUAAUGCAUAGACAAACCCACCUCUCUAAGCCAUUGUGGCUAGAAGUGCUCUGUGAAUGUAUAAAAUGGUAAUAUGCCAUUCUUUCCCCUGUCAUUUCUACUUUCCACUUUGUCCAGACCCUGACUUCCCUUUAAGAUGUAGCUCUUCCUUUAUCAUGAAGUCUUCCCUGACCAUUUUCAGAAGCUUGAGUGCUUUCCCUUCUAUGACCCUCAGCACUCAUGCAACCUUUCAGUAUUUCCUGCAUUGUUGUGCUUUAUUUUUAUUGCUCCAUGUGCAUCCUCUUGAAGCUUCGCACUCUGUUGAAGAGGACACUCAACCCAGUCAUUAUUUAGAAGCAAGAUCCUUGAAUGAGAGAGAUUAUCGGGACAGGAGAUACAUUGAUGAAUACAGAAAUGAGUACUGCGAAAGAUAUGUUCCUAGGCAUUAUCACAGAGAUGUUGAAAGCAGUUACCGAAUUCACUGCAGUAAAUCUUCAGUCCGGAGCAGGAGAAGCAGUCCUAAAAGGAAGCAUAAUAGACACUGUUCAAGUCAUCAGUCACAUUCGAAGAGCCACCGAAGGAAAAGAUCCAGGAGUAUAGAGGAUGAUGAGGAGGGUCACCUGAUCUGUCAAAGUGGAGACGUUCUAAGAGCAAGAUAUGAAAUUGUGGACACUUUGGGUGAAGGGGCCUUUGGCAAAGUUGUAGAAUGCAUUGAUCAUGGCAUGGAUGGCAUACAUGUAGCAGUGAAAAUCGUUAAAAAUGUAGGUCGAUACCGUGAAGCAGCUCGUUCAGAAAUCCAAGUAUUGGAGCAUUUAAAUACUACUGACCCCAACAGUGUUUUCCGAUGCGUCCAGAUGCUAGAAUGGUUUGAUCACCAUGGUCAUGUUUGUAUUGUAUUUGAAUUGCUGGGACUUAGUACCUAUGAUUUCAUUAAAGAAAAUAGCUUUCUACCAUUUCAAAUUGACCACAUCAGGCAGAUGGCUUAUCAGAUCUGCCAGUCAAUAAAUUUUUUGCAUCAUAAUAAGUUAACUCAUACAGAUCUGAAGCCUGAAAAUAUUUUAUUCGUGAAGUCUGACUAUGUAGUCAAAUAUAAUUCUAAAAUGAAACGUGAUGAACGCACACUGAAAAACACAGAUAUCAAAGUUGUUGACUUUGGAAGUGCAACAUACGAUGAUGAACAUCAUAGUACUUUGGUAUCUACACGGCAUUACAGAGCUCCAGAGGUCAUUUUGGCUUUAGGUUGGUCUCAACCUUGUGAUGUUUGGAGCAUAGGUUGCAUUCUUAUUGAAUAUUACCUUGGUUUCACGGUCUUUCAGACUCAUGACAGUAAAGAGCACCUGGCAAUGAUGGAAAGAAUAUUAGGACCUAUACCAACACACAUGAUUCAGAAAACAAGAAAACGCAAGUAUUUUCACCAUAACCAGCUAGAUUGGGAUGAACAUAGUUCUGCUGGUAGAUACGUUAGGAGACGCUGCAAACCAUUAAAGGAAUUUAUGCUUUGUCAUGAUGAAGAACACGAGAAACUGUUUGACCUGGUUCGAAGAAUGUUAGAGUAUGAUCCAGUGAAAAGAAUUACCUUAGAUGAAGCAUUGCAGCAUCCCUUUUUUGACUUAUUAAAAAACAAAUGAAAUGGAAAUCAGUGGUCUUAACUGUAUACUUCUCUAGCAGAGAUUACUUAAGACUGUGUCUGUCAACUCUAAACAUUCUAAUAUUUUUGUAAGCAUUAAAUUAUUUUGUACAGUUAA